AGCAGUAGUUACGCAGCUCCACAACACCUGGGAUAACGAUCUGGAAAUGAUAUCUUAUGUGAUGUUCAUUUUAAAAUAAUGUACUGAUAAUAAAAGUAGUGCGCGCUCUUGGUGAACGCAGCAUCAGCUGCUGGUGCGCGUCCCCGCCCCGGCAGCAUCUAACCGAGAUCCCGGGAACAGGAGUUGGAACUGCGCGAGUCAAAGUUGGGAAAAGAAAAGGUGAAAGGAUGCAGUGCUGCCUGAUGGACGGGAGAAAACAAUCUACCAUCUAAUAAACGUAGCCUACGUGGAGACGCUAUCCUCAGUGAAGGAUGAUUUGCAAAAUACUCAGCAUUUGCCUUUUAUUUUUGUGUUUUCAACAUUGCUCAUCACGAGAAUGUGUCGACCCCCUGGUCUCUCAGCUGUAUGCCUCCUCGUUCCUGGCCUCCUCCAGAUACAACUUUCUAUACUCCGCCAACUUUGCCAAACUGUAUGGAAGUAGUGGCUGGUCCCCCGCCCCCCGGGACAGGCAGCCCUGGAUGCAGGUGGACCUGGGCAGGAAGUACCGCAUCGUGGCCGUCGCCACGCAGGGCACCUUCAACUCUUAUGACUGGGUCACCAAGUACACCCUGCUCUACGGGGACCGGCCGGACGCCUGGACCCCCUACGUCAUGAAAGGAGGCAACUCGACACUGCCAGGUAACUGGAACUACAACCAGGUGAAGAGGAAUGUCUUCCACUACCCCUUCACUGCCAAACACAUCCGCCUUCUGCCGCUGGGCUGGAACACCGAGAACGGGGGCAAGAUUGGUGUCCGGCUGGAGGUUUUUGGCUGUGCCUACGACUCCUACGUCAUGCAGAUGAACGGAGACGACUCGGUGGUCUACCAGUACCCAGACCAGAAGCUCCGGACUCUGCAGGACCACUUUGCCCUCAACUUCAAGACCCUGGAGCAGGACGGCCUGCUGCUGCACAGCGAGGGCAUCCAGGGGGACCUCCUCACCCUGGAGCUGAAGAAGGGACGUCUCUACCUCACCAUCUGCCUGGGAAGCAGUGCAGUUCACCAGGUGGAUGGUCGCACCACGAUGACUGUGGGUAACAUUCUGGACGACCAGCACUGGCACUAUGUCACCAUCAAACGCUACGGCCGCCAAGUCAACUUCACCGUGGACAGUCAGAAAGAGACCGCCAUCUGCAAUGGAGAAUUCACCUACCUGGACCUGGACAAGCAGCUCUACAUAGGGGGGGUGAUCGAGCCCAACCAACCCCACCUUCCAGACAAGCUCAACUUCCGGGGCUGCCUGGAAAACGUCUUCAUCAACGGGGUCAAUAUCAUCAACAUGGCCAAGAGGGAGGAGCCAGAGAUACGCAUCCCUCGGCAGAAAAAGAUGCAUUAUGCAUGCCGUGACAUUCUGUGGAAGCCCAUGACCUUCGCUGGACCCAACAACUACCUGCAGGUGCCAGGUUUCUUCCGGAAGCCGCGUAUGUUUGUAAAGUUUAAGUUCCGCUCCUGGGACUACACAGGCCUGUUGAUGUUCACGCGCUUUGCCGAUGACCUGGGGGCUCUGGAGCUGGGCCUAAGUGAGGGGCAGGUCAACGUCACCAUCAUGCAGCCUGGCAAGAAGAAACUACAGUUUGCUGCCGGUUACCGUUUGAACGAUGGAAUGUGGCACACGGUGGAUCUGGCAGCGAGGGACAACCUGAUGACCAUCACCAUCGACGAUGACGAGGGCUCUCCCCUGAAGAUCACCAACCCCUUCACCGUCCGCACCGGAGACCGCUACUUCUUUGGAGGUUGUCCGAAGACCAACAACACGGUGAGGAAGUGUGAGACCAAGCUGAACCACUUCCACGGCUGCAUGCAGCAGAUCUACAUCGACAACGAGCAGCUGGACAUCGACAUCAUCCUGCAGCGGAAAUGGGGACGCUACGCUGAGCUGCUUCUGGGCACCUGUGGCAUCACAGACAGAUGCACUCCUAACCCGUGUGAACACGAAGGGCGAUGCAUCCAGUCCUGGGAUGACUUCAUCUGCUUGUGUGAGAACACUGGAUAUAAAGGCGAAGUGUGUCACAACUCUGUGUACAAGGAAUCUUGUGAGGCCUACAGGCUCCAUGGGAACUAUGGGUCAGGCAACUACACCAUUGACCCGGACCUGAGUGGACCAUUGAAACCGUUCGAGGUGUACUGUAUGAUGAAAUCGUACAAGGCCUGGACGGUGAUAAUGCAUGACCGUGUUGAGAGCACCAAGGUGUCUGGCAGCACGGUGGAGCGGCCCUUCAUCGGAGACGUCAACUACUGGAACGCCUCUUGGGAUGAAGUGACAGCGCUGGCCAACACCUCCAUGUACUGUGAACAGUGGAUCAGCUACUCCUGCUACAAGUCCCGCCUCCUCAACACCCCCAACGGAAGGCCGUACGGUUAUUGGAUUGGGAGGAAUAAUGACAGUCAUUACUACUGGGGCGGGACUUUCCGCGAAAGCCAGAAGUGCGGUUGUUCUAUCAACCAGACCUGCGCCGACUCCCGCUUCCAGUGCAACUGCGAUGCAGACUACCGGCAAUGGUAUACAGAUAAAGGCUACCUGGACUGGAGGGAUCACCUGCCAGUGAGGAAGGUGGUGGUAGGGGACACAAACAGAACCGGCUCUGAGGCCCACUUCAGUCUAGGGCCUCUACGUUGCCAUGGCGACAGAAACAUCUGGAACACCAUAGCCUUCACCAAGCCCACUUACAUCACCUUCCCCACCUUCAUCCCUGGCAGCAGUGCCGACAUCUCCUUCCACUUCAAAACCUACCGCGACCACGGCGUCUUCCUGGAGAACUCUGACGAGCACCUCCGCAACUUCAUACGCAUCGAGCUCAACACCACCCAAGACCUGGCCUUUAUAUUCAUGGUUGGAGACGGCAUUCUCAACGUGACUUUACAUUCUCCUAUGCCACUUAACGAUAACGAGUGGCACUAUGUCCAGGCUGAGCUCAAUGUGAAGGUGGCCAGGAUUAAAGUGGACUACCAACCCUGGGCAAUCAGACGCUUCCCUGGUCAGACUUUUGUCACCAUGAAGUUCACCCACCCGCUCCUCAUAGGCUCGGCCAAUCGGACCAAUCGACCGUACCUGGGCUGCCUCCGGGGGUUACGGAUGAAUGGAGUGACUCUGGACCUGGAAGGGAAGGUGAACGAGGAACAAGGGAUCCGGAGGAACUGCACAGGCCAGUGUCUCAAUGCCACCAUACCGUGUCGAAACGACGGCCAGUGCCUAGAGGGCUACGCUGCCUACACGUGUGACUGCAACAACACAGCCUUUGAAGGCUUCUACUGCCAUAAAGACAUCGGGGCCUACUUUGAGAUUGGCUCGUGGCUGCGCUAUGACAUCCGGAAGAAGGCCAUCUCAGACGAGGCUGUGUGGGCUAACUGGCUGGACCCUCACUUCCGCAACUUCAGCCUGGGUUACAAUGACACCAGCGACGACAUCGAAUUCAGCUUCAGUACCCUCCACACUCCGGCCGUGCUGCUCUACAUCAGCUCCUUCAUCCAGGACUACAUGGCGGUGAUCCUCAGGAAGGAUGGCAGUCUACACCUGAGGUACAAGCUAGGCUUGAUCACCCACAAGUACCAGCUGGCAUACAGGAACCUGGCAGAUGGGUUCCCACACUAUGUCAACAUCACCAGACACAACCGAACCAUCAAAACACAGGUGGACUAUAUGGAGCCCUUUAUUGAGAAGAUUACCCUGGUGGAGGACUUUAGGUUUGACUCACCCAAGUCCAUGUUCAUGGGGAGAGUGAUGGAGGUGGGUGACAUUGACUAUGAGGUGCAGAGACACAACAGCCCUGGUUUUAUUGGUUGCAUAUCGGGGGUGAGGUACAACAUCCAUGCUCCUCUGAAAACCUUCUUCCGGCCCAACGAGACGAACCCUCCUGUCACAAUACAAGGCUAUGUCUCCGAGUCCAUCUGUGGGGCGUUCCCGCCUGUCCUGGGAUACGUGCCCUGGGAGGUGGACCCCUGGUUCACGGGCAUUGAAUACUACUACAUCCAUGAUGACCUAGGCUUGUUUUGGUUGACAGUGGUGGUUAUCCUGGCAAUGAUGUUGCUCUUUGGAGGCAUGUACAGCAUCUACAUCUACGUGUACCGCCAGAAAGGCAGCUACCACACCAACGAGCCCAAGAACCUGGAGUCCCCCAGCAGUUCCCGGCCUCUGACAGAGACGCUGCGCAAGGAGAAGAAGAACCUUCCGGAAAUCGAGGAAGAAUUCAGGGCCGACUAGCAUCAAGGGACUUGGGAGGAUUUGGCGCCUAGGACAAACACAGAUACCUAUUCUUAUGAGUUCCUUCAGCUUGUCUGAUAGUAUUGUGAUUAAUUUUUCUGUAUUGUUGACUUUCCCCAGGUGUGUGAUCUGAUGCCUGGUGCUCUACCUUGUGUUUUGAUGUGUUCUAUUUUUGUAAGGUUCAUAGUUCGAACAAAGCCCCGAUUGCGUGAGUAGCCAACAAGUCUCACACUGUGUUGCAGGGUGACCAACAGAAGUGCCUCAUCAGAGCAAAAUUAGCUAGGUCAGAAGUAACCAUGAUAGUUCACCUACAUGUGGAUUUAGAUAGUAGCCUAUCGUUGCUGUUUUGGGCCCAUUUCUGAUAAAUGAAUGUCAUUUACUGUAUACAAUGGGAUGUCAAUGGGAUGUCAGUCCCAUGUAGCCAUUUGGAUGAAAACAUAGCUUUCUGUCUCUUUCUGCUUUGGCCUGUGUAUCAAUUUACACUGGAGAGAUGGUGCAAUAUCCCAGAUUAAUGACAGAUGUGAAAACUUAAAAAGACAUUUGCACCCAUGAUUCAUGGUUAACCAUCUCCCCUUGCUUUGGGUCCAGAUGAAGAGACAGUACACAGUAAAGCAUGGAGCAUAAGCUUUGAGAUGAUACAUUUAAAGAAUGUGGAAGACACAUUCACCUGUAUUUGAUGUAUUGCAGCCUAUGAAAAUGUAUACCUAUACAAAGCGGAAUCAUUUUUACGAUACAGAUUUGCCCUAGUGUCAGGAGUUAGCAGCUUUGCAAAGUACUAUACUAUACUGAUCCACUAGAAAUAUGUAAAAGUGAAUGCGUCGUACAUUUAGGCUGAGGAACUAAGCAGCCAUCCGAAUGCUGUGAGCAACAUAUUGUGAUAAAGGUACAACUUGGGGAACCAUACGAUGCCUUGGUGCUGUAGAAUAAGUGUCACCAAUACUGUUGCGGAUCUGGAGGGAAGGUUGUGCUGUUGAAUUUAACUAGGGAUGGGACUUCUGCUGUAGUCCUCAUUCAGGGCAGUUUUUCUCUUAUAUGUCUUGUUUUUUUAGUGAAUGCUCUCAAUAGGUCAGUGCACAGUCAGAGCACAGGGGCACACAGUGACCCAGACCAACUACCCUGACAUCCAGAAAAUCCUACAUGAACUGAAGAAAGUCUCUCACCAACAGCUGGAAAAGCAAACUUACACACACUUACACACACACUCACACACAUACGCACUCAUACAGCACACAUACACACACAUACACAGACACACAUACGCGCUCAUACAGGACACACACAGUGCCAGUACAGUACAAGGGACCACCACAGUGUAAAUGCAGAUUUUGUACUUUUACCCACACCGUUGGCACCUACCGUAGGACAGAGUCCUUCUGUCACUGCUGCUUCUUAGCUUCCUGUUCACAAGGCUGUAUAAUCACAUAUGUUCCAAACACAUUUCAACCCUCGACAUAGAGAUGGUUGGCGGUUAGAGGAAUUGUGGAAAAGAUAUUCCAGUCAGGGAAACCACUUAGUGUGUGGUGGAACCAAAGCAUCCUCACUUAUCGCCCUUUGAAGCUAAAGCACUAAAGUAGUGUUGAAAUAAAGAGAAAAUGUAGACCAUUUUUUGUCAUAAGCCAUGCAUUACUAGAGCAUGAUGACCUUUGCAAUGACGUUCAAUAAUAUCAGCCGCUUCCAGCAUCGAUCACUGAAGAUGUUUUUGUGUGCGCUACGUUUGCAGACACUUGCAUUAGGAUGUCAAGCAUAUCUAUACAUAAGUAUGUGAAUAAGGUGUUUCGAUGUUUAUUUAUUUAUGCUGUUUUAAUGAAGCAAAUCAGUGGCGAUGGAGAUUUGAAUGUAAAUCUUCUUGUUACUGUGUAAUGUAGACAGACAGCAAGCCUGAAUGCUUCUCUCUGAAAUGUUGCUCAUAGCACCAUCCAUCAUAGCUUUCUGACAUGUUCAGAAUAGAAAGAGUAAUGUUGUGCCUGGCUUCUGCAGGACAAACUCAUUCAGAUCUUGUCUGAAGACCUGUGAUCAGUCCAUUGUCCUUUUGGUAGAAGCACCUAGGAUCAAACAACAUGUUGUGAAACAAGUACUGUAGAAGCUUAACAAAAGAUGGUACACACAAUGUGAUGCCUACAUUUUAUCACAGGUGUUACAAACGUGAUAAAUGAUUUGGAUCUUUAGAUUGUACCAUACCUGGAUAUUUCCCACAAAAUCAUUGUAACAGUGUGUUAGAUAUAAUGAAUGGUGAACCACACUGAGAUAACACAGUCAGAGUUUAGAGUCGUUUUCCUUUUUAUGAGCAAUGAUCAAGAUUUUGUGUUUCAGUCAGAUGGACAAUCACCUCUUACAGAGUUCAUAUUAGACCAGUUUAAGAGCUGUGGUCAAAUAUACUUUGAAGCCUUCAAAGAAAACAGUCGACUUAUUUAUGUUUCGUCUACACCCUGCAAUGUGUCUCAUUUGUUUCAUUUUGAAGGAACUGUACUGUAUGUGCACCCUGCCUAGCAACACACUGGCUUGUCCAUGCGUGGUCCCUGGAGUGUGUGUGUGUGAUCGAAUGCACAGUAGACAUGUAGGUUUGUGUGUUCACCCAGUUUGUUACAAGGAUCCUCUGCCAAUGUGAGAUGAUGUGUCUGAUGAGAAGCAUCUGUGCACUGAAGUAACCGAUCCAACUCACAGUUAGUUACCCACCAAUAGCAGAUGAGAGUGAGAAGAGAGAAUUUCUGUCCUGGUGGCUCCUCCCAUACUCCGGUACGGGUCCACCAAUCUUGAUUCUUCGCGGCAUGACAUACACUGUACAUCAUCAGUCACGACCAGCACUUCACAGAGGCUGUUCUGAUUGGCUGUGGAUCUGGCUCCCGCUCGUCCUACAACUCGCAGGGUGACAGGAACAGUGUAGAUGAGAGUUGUAGGGUGAACCGGAGCGGGUCUCGAGGGGUUAGAGGGUGUGGGGAGAGGAGCAACAGAAUACAGACAGGGCCCAGGGAGCCAGAGGAGCUGGAGGUGAGGAGCAGGCAGGUUAGAGGAAGGAGCCCCUGGGGAGGAGGCCUCUCUGGGACCCCCUGCUGACUGUGGCGGGAGGCACCAGAGACAAGCUGCUGUCUUGUUUGUGGCCGCACUGACGUUUAGGAGGUCUGUUCUCCCUCUGUAAUAUUGAUUCUCUGUCAUCUUGGUUUUGUUUUGUAAUUUGUUCACUGUAAAUGACCAUAACUAUGUAAAUGAACGCAAAACCAAACCAUCACUUCAAUAAAGAAGCUUGAAGGAGAGUCUGA